CGCGAGUUUUUGCGCUGAAUGACUAGGAGAUCAGUUUUUUUGGAUUUUCGGGCCGAAUCGCGUAAACUAAAACUAAACUAGUGCCAGUUUAUCCUAGAUAUUUGUUGAUUAAUGCCCGUGCUUGUUUCGCAACUUCUGCCAUGUGCAAAUAUGCAGCCUGGAUAAGUUUCCAGUUUUCAUUCAUCUAAUUGGAAAAACUGUGCAAAAUACAGUCGGUUUUUGGCAGCUGACGCUGCGUGCAUUUACACCGCUCUUUGUCGCUCCGGUUGGGGCACCUUGCAAGUACUGGUAGAGGAACCGGAAGUUCUCCAGCGAUUUUAACGGGGUUUUUAUAGCAAAUUUAAUGAACAAACCAACAAACAAUGCGGUUCAAGGCUUAAAAUUCGCGAUAACCGAGUUCGAGUAUAACGUGGAAUUUGUGCCAUGCGUCUGUGCCGGAUUCAACGCGUGCGCGAGUGCAAUUCAGUCGGGAUUGUCAUGGAGCUCGUUUGACAGCACUUAAGGUGUUUGUGUAUAAAAAUAUCGGAUUUUUCCGGGCUUUACCACAACAUAUACAUCGAAUUGCCGGAUUCGCCUGUGCCAGUGCGGUGCCGCAACACCCUGUAGACUGUAUCAGUUAAACAUGCACGGCAUGACAAGGAAACCUACACAUUUCUUCCCCUGAAUGAAUUUUUGCACCCUUUGCCAGAAAACUUCUUCAAACGGCUCCGUGGACGACCUGAAACCAGCCGCUUCUCCUCUAUUGGAACCAUCUAAACAGAUGUCAAAACCCGGCCCUAAAAUCAUUCGCACCAUCAACGGUUCCGAACUGAACUCGAACAACAUCAUCCUGGUUCGCAGCACAAAAACUCUGGAUGGCGGUCACAUUCUACUGAGAACCGAUAACUUCGUUAAGAACAACGUUUUGCUGGAUGAUGGCCGCGAAUCCAAAAUGGGCCAAAUUAUCCUGCAGCCCAAUUCGGAGUUUAAAAAAGGGGUGUAUUUGCAGGGCGUUAAAAGAUUGGGUGGAAAUGCCCCGAUUUUUCUGCUCAGCAGCGGAGAUUCCGGGGGCCAUUUGAUCAUUCAAACGUCUUCAGAACAGGCCGCUGCCGCGCCUCAAAGAGUGCUCAAUGCCGAUAGUCUGCUGAAGGAAACGAACUCAACUUUAGAAGUCGCCUCGGAUAAUGAAGCAGGAUGCAGCAGCAGCAGCAGAACAGCGCCCAUUGGAUCAGGUAUGUAGCGGCCUAUCUCAAUUAGUGAUCUCAUAUUGUGGUAAGUGUGUUGCAUUUUUUAAUUGCCCUGCACAUAUAUUUUCAUACCGAAUUCGCUGGCAGUCGUUUUAAAAGAAAACUGCUCUAAGCUCGAAAAGUCGCUUGAAUUGCCGCAUUUAUUGUUACGGUAAAUCGUUAAUAUUGACGAGUAGUAAAUUGAACGGCAUUAUGAACCCUUGCGGAUAUUUUAUUGCAGAAACUCGACUUUAAAAGCCGUCUCCCUCUGAUUUAGGGAAACUUUCCCGAAAGUUAUCAUGGGACAUCUGUCGUUCCAAAGGAAAAUAACUUGCAAAUUGUCUGCUUUAUUAUGCAGAUCCACUUAAUUGCUUUCUGUAUACUUCAGCUACUUAAAAUUGAAAGUUUAACUGAAAUCUUUUAGACACGUUUUAUUACUAACAAGCAAAGUUUUUAUCACUGUUCGCCCCAGACACUAUUUAUAUCUCGAUUUGUAUAUAAAUGGGUCUUCGACGUAGGCGAUCAUGAAUUAUGGAGAGUCAUUCGGGUAAAAUUAGAUCCUGGUUAGCCCAGUUCCAAACCCCCGUUAAUUUCAGUCUAGUCAAGAAGAAAUUCGAUAAGGAGUAAUUUAUGAUGGUUUUCGAGUAGUUUAAAUUUGAGCGCCUGAAAAGGAUAAACAACAAUGCAAGUUUUCUUUCGUUGCGAUCUUCCACAAUGACCUAGUUGUAACAGCAAAACAUUCAAACUUCUUACAAUAGUCGAUUUAUGCACAGUUUUAACUAGUUUGUCAUUGAAUCACCGUGUUUGACGGUUUAGAGAGAAUUUGCCCUACAAAAAGUCGAUUGUCUAAACUGAAAAUGUUUAGACGCUCUUCAAACAGAAACGUGAAUAUUACACAUUGUGUUUUACGUCUGUAAGUGGAUUGAUUGGACAAAAAUUAUGGCAAAAGCUUUGCAUGAGUUCACAAUUAUUUGCUCUUGUUGAAGGCAAUGCAAGAGCUCUGAUGAAAAGGUGCGACUUUCUGGUUUUUUCUUCUAUAUUUCCCAUCUUGCUUGGAAAAUGUAAAUACGUUCAUUGAAAUGAUGACGUGUCUCGGGAUUUUUUUGUACAAAUUCUUCAUUGGCUUCUUACGAAUUUAUUUCAGUUAAAAGUAUACGCAUAUUGAGGAGCUUCUGAGCUCGAAAGCUACGCAAUAAGUGCAGAAACACACAGGUCAAAAAUGCUUCAAAAUCUUUCUCUAGACUUUUCUGGUCCGAUAUAGUUAGCAGAAAAUGUUGUUCAACUUUUAUCAUCAUUUUGAAUCAAAGUUUAAUAGUUGCUGUUUCCUAAUCAACUUUACAACUCCCUGAGUCUAUUUUGCACAUUUAUUUUUCGAUUUUUUUUGGUUGAUUUUUAAAGCAAAUGAGUCCGGAAUUAGCUGUAGCUUAUACAUUGAGUUGGAUUAUUUUAAUUAAAUGCUCAGUACUUUGAUUCAGAACUUCUACCGCUCAAUUUUUAGACCAAUAUUGCCUUUAUUUAAUUUUUCAUAUGAAUUCUCCUUCAAUCUGAUUUUAUGGCUUUGUUUGUAAUUUGCCUCAUCCAUUUUCAAGCUUUCAAAAUGUCUUUGUUUCAGGUUUAUCGUUCAAUUUUUUGUGUUCUUUUGGAGGCAACUUUUUUCUGCUCGUAUCCCUCCGAACGCAGUCUGAACUGAAAAUCUGUAGUUUUAAAAUCGAAAUGUAUCGCCGAUUUUGAGUUUUUUCGACUGUUAACCAACGAUUCUGGGCUAAAACAUCCUGCAUUUGCACACUGGGGGCUUAUUUAUAGAAAAUGGUGAAUCUCGUUUGAUUUUCUAAUGAUUAUUAAGCGCUCCUGUAGAGGCAAUAGAAAUUAAAUUUUCUAUCAAAUACUGAACCUGUUAUCUUUUAACUAAUUCGGCUUUUUGAAAAAAUAAAGUUAGUUAAAAACAUUAGACAUUUUUUUUUUCAAAAUCCCUAAGAAAGGUCAAAGUUCUUGACCAAAACGGCUCCCAAUUUAUUUUACUUCCGCUCGAAAACAAGAAGGGCCACUUUCUCCAUUUGAAACCACUUAAAAAACCCGAGUACUCUUUCAAUUUUCGUUGGGCUAAUCUUGUCAAAAAAACAUGUUAAAAUCAUUCAACAUGAACCAUAGAAUGUUGUGAUUUCGUCUAAACCUGAUACUUACUUAUUUCAAAAUUACAGUCCAUUUCCAGCAAUUUUUGUAAUUUUCAAGCAAUUUGCGUCUCAACAAAGAUCUUUGUAAUCCGUAAGAAAGAGCUUUAUAGAUUUUUAUCAGUAUUUUUUUGGUUUAUUAUUUUAAGUCUUUUGAGGUUCAUUUUUCAGGGCACUGAAAUCCAAUCUGAAAACGACUAGAUAUUCUGCUUUAGUUCACUUAUUGCGUGAAUUUAUAAGCAUAUUUUCAUGCAGAUGCUUAAUAAUGAAAUGUGACUUCAAAUUCUGUUUUCUCCUGCUAUCUUUCGGAGUACAAUUUGAAAUUAAAAUAAAUAUGUUUAAAAUCGAUGAAAGUUUUUAAUUUAAUUUUUAGAAUCCCUUUUAGUUAAUGUCUUACAGUUGUUCUUUCUCGAUCAAAUUCAAAAGUGUGUCAUUUUUUCAAGUUUUCUGUCCUUUUGAGCGUUUCCAGUUCCAGAAUACUAAUUCUUCAAAUUAUAAACCAUUUUCAUGAGAAAGAAGCAAAAAAUUCGACUAAUUCAAUGGAAAAUACGUAUAUAUCCGAAAUAAUUAUGGUCCGCUUUGAUUUUUUGACAUUUAACCAACGAUUCUGAACUGAAACAUUUUUCCCAAGAAAAAGAAUUUUCCCACUGUGGACCUUUUUUAAGCACAUAGCAAAACAAAACGCUCAUCGUCUGAUUCCUAUAAAUUGUUAUUCGCUCUUGGGAUAGACAACAGAAAAUUCACCUCAGAAAGAAAAUUUUGCCAUCACAUCGAUUAUCUAGAAGUAUUUUCGUAUUUAAUAGUGAUUGAAAGACACACUGCUGAGAAAUGUAUGUUUUUGUUAAAACAAUGGGCAAAUUCGCCUGAAAAGGCUCUAAGAAAGCUUCAAUUUUUUACAAGUUUACGAACUGUGGUAAU